GGAAGACGAAGGACAGUUGAUGCUCGACCUAUCAGAAAGUGUUGCUCGAGCUGCUGUUUCUGGGGGACUCCAGCAACACAAUCUGUAUCUUCGAGGUGGCGAUCCGGAUGAUGCUGGCGAUACUUCUCCCAAUGGAAGUGUGAACACGAUUCGCUCUCCAUGCUCUUCACUGGUAGACACUCCAAGGAGUCGAGGUGCGCAGGUGAUAGGAACGUGCGACUACGUAGUAGAAGAUCCAACGAGUCUUGAUGGAACCGACGACACACUUGCAUCAAACGCUCUCAUUGCACAGGACUGCGCAGCAUUGAUCAUAUCUGGGGCGCUUUGUAAUUCGCGGUCAUUACGACCAGGGAGUGACUCUGAAAGCGACAGCAGCGGCGUUGAGACGGUGGUAGAGAUAGAUGUGAGCGAUGAUGACUCACCGAACAGGAAGCGAGAAUCUCUAGAUGACGACCCUGCUCUCCGGAUAGAUGCUCCUCGAGAGGAUGUGGUCGACGUCGGGCGGAGUCGAUUGUGGACUAGUGCUCGGGAGAAUUUGGUCGACGUCGAUUGUGACCUGAAUUUCUGCGCGGAAGAGGAGUCUGAGACAGCGCCUCAAAAUCCUGCUUUAUCUGUACGCGACGAAAAUAGAUUGGUGGAGCCAAAUAUUGAAGAAAUAGCAGAAGGAGAGAUUCCGAUAGAACUCGAGUGUGGCACUCCUGCUGCGACGGCCCUAUCACGGCUGCAUCAGGCCGACCCUAUCAUGGCUGCAUCAGGCUGCGCAGAAGACGACGAGGAGGCUUCUCUCGACACUGAGGCUGUCGCUCCUGAUGCACAGGCUGCGCAGGCUUCUCUCGACACUGACGCUGUCGCUCCUGAUGCAGAGACCGAGUCUCCUGUAGUGUCUGACGGCACUACAGGAGAGCCGGUCUCUGCAUCAGGAGAGGCCGCCGACGCGGAUGGUGAAGAACCGCGUGCAAGGAUUGCAAAGGCUGAGUUCGUAUCACAACAGCUAGACUACGACAUCACCUCACUGCAACCUGCAAUAAUUGCAGACGAAGAUGAAGAUGAUGACCUUUCACCAGUUAGCUCCGUCAAGUCCACGACCAACAGUGAAAAACCUCCAACGCCAGUAGCAGCAGAGGUUUCGGGUACUCCGGAUUCAUCAUUAGACCUGAGUUUUCAAUCUUGCGUUUCGCAUAGCGAGGAAGCUUUGUCUCAGGUCGAGAGUGAGCAAAUAAACAGAACAUCCAUAGUACUCGACAGCAGGGAUGAAGAUGAUCACAGCAUUUUCGUCACACCAUUAGAUUUGAACAAUAGUGUCGUAGCAGAUCACUUGGAGGUUGAAACUAUAGAAGAUUUGGAGGUUAGUACGGGGAGCCAAGAUGAUGAUACAAACAAGGUUGCGCGUAUAGGACCUGAUCCAGUCAUAAUGGCUAGCCCUGAAUUCGUAGUAGAAGAUGAGGCGGAUCAGGCAACUGUGAGCUCCAGUCUUCCAAUAGAUGCGGAAAACAGUGGAAGUCGAAGUGACACCACGCAGGAUGCUAGCUGUAAGCAGGAUACUAGGAGGAGGAGGACAAUCGCGGUGAGAGAAAUUGCUACCAAUAUUGAUCCGGGACCAGGUGUUUUGUCGUCUUCAUCUUCCUCGCGUCGUUUCUCAGUGCCUACGGACCGCAUUCAACCUAGUGACUCUUCCUCAUCUAAGCGGGAGCAAAAGCAAAACCACAAAAGUCAGAGGAGAUCAACAGAUACACUACCAACAAAAAACACAUCUGCUUCUACAGGCUCUAGUACCGCGAGGAGUGUUCAAUCAAGGUCAAGGAGAAGCAUAAUGCGAGAGCAAGAUCUUUCGAAACAUCCGGAGCCAAACCGAGAUCCCGCUUCCACUUCUGAAGAUACCAAAUCCCGCAUAAGAAACCCGACACUGUCUGCCCGAUCAUUGAAACCAGGUCGUGCAGUACGAGAGCAGAAGACGUCCUCUUCUUGUUGUAAUACAUCUAUGUUGGCCUCCUCCACGAGAUGGGCGAAAGUUAGGAAUGCAACACUAGUCUCCUCGCGAGUUCGAGAGUUCGAUUUUCUUGCUUACAAAAAAGCACGUGGCGGCGCGAACACAAGUACGGCUGCUACAGGUGAUGGUGCGAUUGCCACAGGGGGCGGCGCAAGCACUUGUUCUGUGCUGCCGUCACUCGGUGCAGUUCAAAGGUGCAGCAUUGCGGCGAGUAGCACCGGUACAGUUCUAGACUCAACAAAGAAUGAUAACUACAGUACAAAAGUCAAGCAAGAACUAGUAGUGGUCCACGAUGAACAAAAGGUUUCGAGCAGCGGGAGCUCCGAUGCUGAACCACCCAAUGAUACCAGUGCACAGGAACAAGAACGACUAGUUCGUGCCGCAGCUACUUCUGAGGUAAACGACCAAGCUUGUGAAGCUCCGACUGUUGGUUACGCUCAUAAUGAAAAUGAAGUAAAAAAUGAAGCUGGGAGAGGGAUUGUUCCCACUCCUGGCACAGCGCAUUUCGAUUUUACGCAGCAUCGACAUCGAAAGUGGAAAAAGUAGUUUUUUUCGCUCUGUUUCAAAAUUCGGCCUAUUUAAACUAGAGGCUGAACAAGGUCGGUGAGUGUCAUGGUUGAUCUUGAUUGUAUACUCAAUAAUAGUAUCUAAACUUCAACACAAGACAGUAGACGCUAAAAAAUUAGCGUCGUGAAGGUUGGUGAUUGUCAUGGUUGAUUGUAUACUCAAGAAUAGUACCCUCGUUAGGAUAGUUGUCAUGUGUCAUGGUCGAUUAACGUAGCCUAGUUUCACUUGCCUUCUCAGUCAUCAUCAGGUGUCACGUCAGUUUGAUAUAAGCCAAAGUCGUAUUUGUGAGGCCAUGAACAAAUCGGGGUUCUUUUCUUUUCCAUGGAGUUCUCUUGUAUAUGCCGGAAACGCCGUAUAUUGUUACCAAUUACUUACCAUCAAGAUGAAUUCGUUCUGCUCAUCUUUUUAGAAUUCUGUCAUGAUAGCGUAUUUGGGUACGCUCCCUUCGUCGAGUCGACGAAGAAUUUGUUUUUCUUUUCCCUAUACAGUCAUGGUAUCUAUGUGGAAGAUGGAAAAAUUCCUCAACAUGUUGUUGAACUUACAAGGCGAAGGUUCUUGCCUGGAUUAGAUGAAAAGAACUUUUCUGAAGCUCUUAGCGUUUGUAUUCUUAUCUGCGUGCGUCUUGAAAAAGUUUGAAGGCAUGGACUUGAUUGAUUCUCUAUAGG